AUGGAGAACACUGCCGUAGAUAAACCUAAACUUUCCUUCGGGAUCGACACCAUCUUGGGGCUUACCACCACGACACCCCCGCGACCUAGCCCCUGCAGCAGCGCCUCUAGUGUGAGUUCAGAGGUCAGCCACAGCUCAGAUGUCAGUAAAACUUCGGAAGUCAGCCACAGUUCAGAUAUUAGCAACAAUUCAGACGUCAGCCACAGUUUAGAGGGCCCAAAGGGCUCUGGCGGAAACCUCAGCUCACAACAACAAUCCUGGACGUCGCCUGUUCAUCGCCCAGCACCUCCACCCAUUUACCACCACCCACACCGCUUUCUCCCCUACGUCGGCGUAUCUCACCCAAACGCCCCUAAGUUACACGGGCCAGUCCUGCGUCGUCACAAGCCCAACAGGAAGCCCCGCACGCCCUUCACUUCGGAGCAGCUCCUCGCCCUCGAGAAGAAGUACCGGGAGAAGCAGUACCUGAGUAUCGCCGAGCGGGCCGAGUUCUCCGCCUCCCUCAACCUGACGGAGACGCAGGUCAAGAUCUGGUUCCAGAACCGUCGAGCUAAAGACAAGAGACUGAAGGAGGCGGAGAUUGAGCGUUUAACACGACCCGUGUACCCAGCCUACGGCGGCCUCCUGCCCCUGGGUGGCCACAUCCCCACACUGCACCUUCAGCAGCCCUUGAUCCCCUUCUUCAGAUGA